AUGACAGAAGUUGGUAAGAUUGUGGGUGGCAUGGAGAAAAUGGCUAGAGAAAAGUUUUUCUCCUUGAAACACUGGAACUUGGGGACAUCCCAUAUUGGAAGAUUCAGGACAGAAAAAAGGAAGCACUUCUUCACACAGUACAUAGCAAAACUAUGGAACUUAUUCCCACAGGAGGCAGGGAUGGCCACCAACUCAGAAUUCGUGGAGGAUCUGCUACGGAUGGCUACUAGCCGUGAUGGCUGUGCCCCCACAGAGGCAGUAAUACCAGUUGCUGGAAACCACAGGAGGACAGAGUGCUCUUAG